UAAAUAUAUAUAUAUAUCAUAGUAUAUACACAUACAGUUAAAUAUAUAUUUUGAAAAUGUUCCGAACAAAUACUGCUUCUCUUCUAUCGCAUUCGUUAUGCCAUAAACAUGUACAAAUAAUUCAUGUACGAACAAAAAAAACUCAUUGGUCUUCAAUCAAGAAGAGAAUCCAUCCAAAAGAUAAGGCUUUAGAACACUUUGAUGAUUUUUACGGUUCAGUUUAUGGAAAAAGAUGGAGAUCAAUACGUUUAGCACUGUUGUCACCACACAAAUAUAUAGCUGUUGUUAAUAAUUUUGGUGAUCCCGAAACAGUUUCUCAACAGUUGGAGUGGUUUGGAGCGUUGAAUGUAAGAAAAGUAGUUGAAGCACAUUUGCUAAAAGCCAAAGAGUCUAYCAAUGAAAAAAAUAUUCAAGAAUUAGAUAAAAAAUUAAAAAAACUUUUACUUACUGAUGAAAAUAAAAAGGAUACAAAAAAAGAAAAUGUAGAAUAUGUGGAAAAAGCAUCACUUCAUGAAAGCUUAUUAGAAGCAGAACAUGACGAAAGUAGAAUAAUUGACCCUGAAGCAAAUUCUAAUAUUGGAGGAUUAUAUCAAUUUAUACCAGCUACUGAGUUACAUGGCAAAAGUGACUGGGUUCUAGAAUCCCAACAUUACCAAUACUAUGAAGAAAAUUCAGAUUUCCCUAUUAAUAUAUUAAAGGAAGAAACUCCUCUAAACAUUCCACCUCACUUACAAGUAUUUACAUUUGAUAGAGGUGAUUUUACUCCAUUUCCACAUCCUAAAACUGGAGUUUCUAAAACCAGUGGUUAUUACUUAAUGGACGGAGGUUCAAUUUUACCUGUAUUUGCAUUAGAUUUAAAACUUGGUGACAGAGUAUUAGAUAUGUGUUCAGCUCCAGGUGGUAAAGCAUUAGCAACACUACAAACAUUAUUACCKGGUUAG